GAAUGGACCCCGCCACCAACUCCAAAAGCAACCACUGCCUCGACGCGGCCAAAGCCUGCAACCUGAACGACAACUGCAAGCGCCUGCGCUCGGGCUACAUCUCCACCUGCAGCAAGGAGAUCUCGGCCACCGAGCACUGCACCAUCGUCCCCUCCUGCUCCUACGAGGACAAGGAGAAGCCCAACUGCCUGGAUCUGCGCAACACGUGCCGGACGGAUCACCUCUGCCGGUCCCGGCUGGCCGAUUUCCACACCAACUGCCAAGCCUCCUUCCAGUCCCUGACGAGCUGCCCCGGGGACAACUACCAGGCGUGCCUGGGCUCCUACGCGGGGCUCAUCGGCUUCGACAUGACGCCCAACUACGUUGACGCCAGCACCACCAGCAUCACCAUCUCGCCCUGGUGCUCCUGCAAAGGCAGCGGCAACAUGGAGGAGGAGUGCGAGAAGUUCCUCCGAGACUUCACGGAAAACCCCUGUCUCCGAAACGCCAUCCAAGCCUUCGGCAACGGCACCGACGUGAACCUCUCCCCCAAGAACCCCUCACCGCCCAUCACCCUGCCACCCAAGACGGAGAAGAGCCCUGCCUUGCCGGAUGACAUCAACGACAGCAACACCAUGUACGACACGAGCGUCAUCACCACCUGCACCUCCGUCCAGGAGCACGGACCGAAGCUAAACAAGUCCAAAGAGCAGAGUCUGUGCUACUCAGAG